AAGAAAGAACAUAGAUUCCGCUAGAAAGUUCUGAAGGGUUCAGUUCCAAUUCCAAGUAGUCAAUUCAUUAUAAUCUCCUCUAACAUUCCAUUUCCAUCAUCUUGUUUUUCCUCUUCUCCAAGCUUCCAUCUCAAUUCUGCAUUACACUCUUUAAACCACUCUUCUCUAUCUCUCAUUCUCCAUCCUCAAAUUCAUGCCUCCAAUGGCUGCCAGGGCCAUUACAAUCACCUCCAAAAGAAAACUUAUUAGAACAGCUUAUGCUGCUUUAACUGCUUCCAAAACCUUCUCUUCUUCUCCUUCGUCUUACCCUCUUUCUCAUUCUGUCCCCUCUCUUAACCAAAUUUCUAGCACAAAAACUGCUGUUCCCUGUAUUUUGAGCAGUUUUGUUAAUGGGGUUUUGGAGACAGGAAGUGCAAGGAAGUCUAUCAAUGGGGUUUCAUCCUUUCCUCUUAUCGGUCGUCGCUUUUACUCUGCUUCUUCUGCCCCUUCUGCAAGUUCUGGGCAGAUCAAUCAAACAGAGUAUACUGAGAGGGCAUGGGAGGCAAUUGUUGGGGCCGUUGAAGCUGCACGACUGAGCAAACAACAGAUUGUUGAGACUGAACAUCUAAUAAAGGCCCUUUUAGAGCAAAAAGAUGGUUUGGCUCGUAAAAUUUUAACAAAAGCCGGGUUGGACAACUCUUCAGUUUUGCAAGCCAUAGAUGACUAUAUUUCCAAGCAACCCAAGGUUAGUGACACUAGUGGGCCUAUUCUUGGACCAAAUCUCGGUUCCCUCUUGGACAGAGCCAAAAAACACAAGAACGAAAUGCGAGAUGAUUUUGUAUCCGUAGAGCAUUUGGUCUUGGCUUUUCAUUCAGAUUCAAGGCUUGGGAAGCAAUUGUUUCGUGAUUUUAACCUCACUGAGAAGGAUUUGAAGGACGCCAUUCAAGCUAUUCGUGGGAGUCAAAGAGUAACAGAUCAAAAUCCAGAAGGAAAGUAUGAAGCACUAGAAAAGUAUGGAAGUGACCUAACAGAAUUAGCCAGGCGUGGUAAACUCGAUCCUGUUAUUGGGAGAGAUGAUGAAAUUCGCCGUUGUAUCCAAAUUUUAUCAAGAAGAACGAAAAACAACCCUGUAAUCAUUGGUGAACCCGGAGUUGGUAAAACUGCAAUAGCAGAAGGGUUAGCGCAGCGUAUUAUACGUGGUGAUGUCCCCGAACCAUUGAUGAAUCGAAAGCUGAUUUCACUGGACAUGGGUGCACUGCUUGCUGGGGCUAAAUUUCGUGGCGAUUUCGAGGAGAGGCUUAAAGCUGUAUUGAAGGAAGUCAGUGCUUCUAAUGGCCAAAUAAUUCUGUUCAUAGAUGAGAUUCAUACGGUAGUGGGAGCAGGGGCCACUGGUGGUGCUAUGGAUGCUGGCAACUUACUAAAGCCAAUGCUUGGUCGGGGAGAGCUGCGUUGUAUUGGUGCGACAACGUUGAACGAGUAUAGAAAAUACAUCGAAAAGGAUCCCGCCCUUGAAAGGAGAUUUCAGCAAGUGUUUUGUGGGCAACCAUCUGUUGAGGACACAAUAUCCAUUCUCCGUGGGUUGCGGGAACGCUAUGAGUUGCAUCAUGGUGUGAAGAUAUCUGAUGGGGCUCUAGUUUCUGCUGCUGUUCUUUCUGAUCGCUACAUCACUGGAAGGUUUUUGCCUGAUAAGGCCAUUGAUCUUGUCGAUGAAGCUGCGGCAAAAUUGAAAAUGGAGAUCACUUCUAAGCCUACAGAGCUGGAUGAGAUAUAUAGAGCUGUGCUAAAAUUAGAGAUGGAGAAACUAUCGUUGAAAAAUGACACUGACAAGGCAUCCAAAGAGCGGCUUCAAAAGUUGGAGAGUGAUCUCAAAUCACUGAAAGAGAAACAGAAGGAGCUGAACGAGCAAUGGGAAAGUGAGAAGGUUCUGAUGAAUCGCAUUCGCUCGAUCAAAGAAGAGAUUGACAGAGUCAAUCUGGAGAUGGAAGCUGCUGAACGUGAGUACAACCUCAGUCGUGCUGCGGAGCUCAAAUAUGGAACCUUGAUGUCUCUUCAACGCCAGUUGGAAGAGGCUGAAAAGAACCUGGCUGAAUAUCGGGAAUCUGGUAAAUCUUUACUUCGAGAAGAAGUCACAGAUGUAGAUAUUGCUGAAGUUGUUAGCAAGUGGACGGGUAUACCCUUGUCUAACCUUCAACAGUCCGAGAGAGAUAAGCUGGUAUAUUUGGAAGAGGUUCUUCACAAACGAGUUAUCGGACAGGAUAUGGCAGUCAAAUCAGUGGCUGAUGCGAUUCGGCGCUCAAGGGCUGGGUUGUCCGACCCCAAUCGACCUAUAGCAAGUUUUAUGUUUAUGGGUCCGACUGGUGUAGGGAAAACCGAGCUCGCAAAGGCAUUGGCUGGUUACCUCUUCAACACCGAAAAUGCUCUUGUACGUAUAGAUAUGAGCGAGUACAUGGAAAAGCACGCAGUAUCAAGGCUGGUUGGUGCCCCCCCUGGCUAUGUCGGGUACGAGGAAGGAGGGCAGCUCACGGAAGUGGUACGACGGAGACCUUACUCGGUAGUGCUUUUUGAUGAAAUCGAGAAAGCUCACCACGACGUCUUCAAUAUAUUGUUGCAACUACUGGAUGAUGGACGUAUAACCGACUCUCAGGGUAGAACUGUCAGUUUUACCAACUGUGUGGUAAUUAUGACAUCUAACAUUGGGUCCCAUCAUAUCCUGGAAACUUUGCAAAGUACAAAGGACAGUAAAUAUGCAAUUUAUGAGACGAUGAAGAGGCAGGUUGUAGAGUUGGCGAGACAAACAUUCCGUCCAGAGUUCAUGAAUAGGAUUGACGAAUAUAUCGUUUUCCAGCCGCUUGAUUCCAGAGAAAUCACCAGAAUUGUUGAGUUACAGCUGAAUCGAGUGAAAGACAGGCUGAAGCAAAGGAAGAUUGAUCUUCAUUUCACAAAAGAAGCCGUUAGCCUACUUGGAACUCUCGGCUUUGACCCUAACUACGGAGCUCGACCAGUCAAGCGAGUUAUCCAACAGAUGGUCGAGAACGAAAUCGCAAUGGGAGUUCUGAGAGGAGACUAUGCCGAAGAAGACUCUGUCGUCGUUGAUGUAGACACGUCAUCAUCUGCCAAAGACCUAAACAAGCUAGUCAUCAGAAAACUCGAGAAUAGCCCAGAAAAUUUAAUGGCAGCAAACGACUAAUAUAGAAGUAUCCCUCAUAAAUAUCACUCACCAGUCACCAUAUAUCGAACUGUAAAUGGAAAGAAUGUUCAACGUCAUCGCCUUUUGCGUCGAUUUGAGGCUAAUUACUAUAUUCUUGUAAUUUCGGUAGGCCUUUCUACUUAAUAAAGGCGCGAGUUGAAUUUUCAGCUCGUGGAUUUGAUUCUGUGUCGUGUUGAAUGCAAUUGUACCGUUGUUGUCCCGGGGUGGGGAAUGCUUGCAAAUUCUUUCGACUUAUUACUGGGUACCCAGCUAGUUUAUGCAAGAGAUAUUCAAAUGUGAUUGAU